UAUUCCCACAAUGCUUCACUGUGAUCGCCAGCUGACAACUGCUGUUGAAGUGCAUCUCACGUACGGAGAACUGUUUUCAGAGAAGUACGGAUUAUCCUGUUUUAUCGACAAACCGGAGGUGGGCUUUUCUCUUAUCAAAUAAGGUGAUCAAGGAUGUCGGCGAAAGAUGGGCUCCCGAACGACAUGACUGGUGGGACAAAUUGUUGAAUUGGACGUUGAACCCCCCCACCAGUCUUUCCCGGUGGUUGCCAUGGAGCAACCCCAAGGGAACGCAAAUAACCUCCAGCCUCAAGACCUCUCCUUGACCUGCAGCCUCCCCUCUGUGAUCGACCUCACCAGGAGAAGUGAGGAAUGUCACCCGAAAGCCAGCUCCAUGGAUCCCUUACGGGUGGUCAAGUCCUCCUCCUCCUGGUACACAAACUCCGGCAGCAACAAAGGUCUACCCUUCUCUGAGCCUUCGUCCGAUCAAAGGCUUCAUUCUGGAGACCAGAUCCAACCCGACAACGCCUUCUCCAACACUACAGUCACACUGUCUUAUGUGAGCAGGUCUCACGUCUUCUCCACCCAUGAGUCCCAGCACUCACCCCUGUGCGGCGUACCGUCUAUCAGCAAGUUCUCUCUCUGCCCCACCUCUUGUAAACUGGAAGAAGAGUCUGAGGAGAUGGUGGAACUCAACCAGGAAGUGAGCCAGCACUACCUGCACCAGCAGGGAGACAAGCCCCUAGACCUAGCCUCCCAGUCCCAACCGACACGCCACGCCGUGUCCCCAACUCGGGCGGCGAGCGAGAACGCGGCGGGGGCUUGUCGAACGCCGCCGCCUCGCGAGCUCAACGGAGGACACGCCGCUACUAACGGGGCCGUCGACGGACGCGGGCGCCGGAGCACGCCUCCGGAGCGCCGUCCAUCUCAGGACACGGCCUCCGGCAACGGAGGGCUGAGGAACGGCCUACGCAGCCGGUCCGACUCGGGCGUCCGCGCCGGGUCCUUACCGGAGCGCCACGCGUCCGACACAGAGGACGGGAAACGGGAGGGGAGGGACUCGGAGGUGCUGCUCCUCAUAUCCAGGACGGAGAAUCCAGCGCUGCUUCCGGACAGCAGCACCAGAGACCUGUGCGCCCUUGGCGGGGAGUACGCUAGCCCGCUGGAGGACCCUGUAUCCCCUUCUGCUACCUCACUGGAAGACGUGUACCUCCUACCCGAGGCGUGCAACUCGCCCAGCGCCGACAACUCGCCGGCGGACGCCCGCCGGGACAAGCUGGAGAGGGCGGGACGGGAGACGCGGGCGGUCGAAGGGCCGGCGUUCGACCCCGGCUCCAGAGGGCACCUGGAGGACGCUCGCUCGGUGGCUUCGGAAACCGUCAUCGACCUGACGGACGACGGGUCUGCGUCAGAGGCUCUGGAGGAGAAGGCCAAGGACGGCGCUCGCUCCCCUCACUUGAAUGGUAACGCUAGGCUGGCACAGAACAGCUUUGAGAAGAAGAAACUGCCCCCACGCUCUGGGAGGGGCACGAGGCUGGAGGCCAUAGUGAUGAAUAUUAAUCCCACCUGGUAUAAAGUGUCCGGAGCUGUGCGGCCCAGCAAGAAAAUCAAGGCUACGCAGGCCCAGAUGCAGACUGAGAUAAGUGCGCCCGAAGCUGUCGGCUCCUUAUCUGUAGGCCAGGAGGAAGUCGAGGAGAACACCGCUCUCCUUCCCGAGAUCGAAAUCAAACUACACUCUGCACCCACACUGGAAAAGGGUAAAAAUAGCAUACACAAAAACACAGACAGUUACACAGAGUCUACCUCAGAUUUGGAACUCGCCAUUCCUCCUCGACACACACACAACAGCUUCACUCCAAAAAGCCCCCAGUCUGCGACAGACGAGGGGUCCCCAGCUGAAGAAUCCCCACCCCUAUCCGACCCCGAGCCCCCCUCAAUCGUCGAUGUGACGGUAGAUUCCUCACCAGCCAAAGCUGAGAAGAAAUCUCCCCCGAAGCAGAAGGCCAAGGCCUCGGCCAGCAAAGUGCCUCCUUCCAAGAGGAAAAGGCCGAAAUACAAUGCCUGCCAACCCUCCAUGUUCUCCCCGAAGGAGCCGGAGAUCAGGCUGAAGUACCUCCACUACAAGGAGGAGAAGAGGGACCUGAGGGCCAUGGACAGCUUCUCUCCCUUCAUCCAGGUGGAGCGAAAGCAGGUCCCAUCCACCUGCACCGUCAUCAACUACCCAGAGGAGGACGCAGCCAGGCUGAAGAAGGGCCAUCAGCAGGCCAGCUCAGGGGGCUUCAUCCCUGGGGCCAUCCCCACCACCUCCUGCCUGCAGCCUGGCCGGGUCUCCAACCACAGCCCGUACCAGAACUCCUUGGUCUGCUGCCUGUGUGGUGGGUCAGCCAACGCCCUGGACCUGGGAGACCUCCAUGGACCCUAUUACCCAGAGGGCUACAGGCCCAGGGCCAAGACCCCCGCCAGCACAGGUGUGAAAGAGGAAGAGGAGGAGGACAGCGACUCUGACUCGUCUUUCAGCAGGAGAGGGAGGAAGUGUGCUCGGCCGCCGGGGGUGUGGUCUCACCGCCCCGCCCCCCGACACAGUCAGGACAAGAGCCUGCCGGGGAACCACCCCAGGUGGGCCAGCUACACCGACCAUUCCAGCAGCCCCGCGGCCAAGCGGGCCAGGCCAGGGGCCGGGGCCGAGUCUCUGGAGGCGUCCAGGCAGGAGGCAGGGGUCCUGGAGGGGGCUGCGGCCAGGACUGGGCCUGGGGGCCGAGCUACGGAGGACUGGUACGCCCCCCCCGUGGUGCCUCUGGAACUGUGUGAGUACUGGCUGCACGAGGACUGCUGCAUCUGGUCUGCAGGCGUGUUCCUGGUGAAGGGGAAGGUGUACGGACUGGAGGAGGCAGUCAAGGUGGCGCAGGAGACGACCUGCUCUGGCUGCCAUAACCCAGGUGCCACGCUGGGCUGCUUCUUCAAAGGCUGCCCCAACAAAUAUCACUACAGAUGUGCUCUGCAGUCAGACUGUGUGCUCAUCGAAGAGAACUUCUCUAUGAAGUGUAAAAAGCACAAGAACAAGUCAUUGAAAGGCCCCCCGGGGGCCAGGAGAGACAGCAGGUGACCUGCCCAGCCGGGACUCACUUCCUGGUUCACAUGACAUUCAACUGUGGCGAUCUCAAGACUUUGUCGUGAUAGCCCGGUAACCAUGGUGACAGCGGAACCCUGCCCUGCUGAUUGACAGGCAGGCUCAGAUGGAACGGAAAAAAAACACCCACAAACCUUAACAAACCCUCUACUGGGAACACGCCGCUAGACAGCUGGCUGGUCUGGUCCCGUCGCCCUCUCUGUCCAGACUGACCGGGACAGCCCAGGCCAAGACGGACCCAGUUCACUACUGGGAAGAGACUUUUAAGUUUUCACUUCUCUCAUAAUGGCAUAUCCAAACUGUGCCAUAACUUUGUAAUUAUUUAUGAGUUUGGGAGAGGGGGGGAGAUGGGUUUUUUCUCUCCUUUUUGAAUGAAAUGAAUAACAAUCUUCAGAUAUUUAAUUUUGUAAAGCUUUGUAAGUAUGUCAUUUGACUUUGAUUAUUUAUUUCUGGGGAAUCUUGUGGCGUUUUGGUUUGCAGUUAACCCAGAGCUUUACUCUUAUGUGUUCCGAAGAUAUUAGUGAGGUCAUUCCAUGCAGCGUAUUGUGGGAACGCUGUUAGAAUGGUGGCCUAGAGAGAGAGAGAGAGAGAGGAGGAGGAACCACCAUCUUUAGUUCAGCUACCCUAUGGCUUGUCUGUGACCCUUCUGUAAACGCCACAUCACACAGCGCAGGGACCGUGACCUCGCCAGAGAGAGAGAGAGAGAAAGAGAAAGAGGCACGGGGCCAGGGGGUGAGUUCAGGAAGUACGGCUGACUUGCACUAAACAGUCGGCCGGUUGACUGGAUCGCGAUUUAGGAUCCCGAGGAGAAGAUGACGACAGUAUGGUUUAGUUUGUUCAUCUUGUGAAUGUACUUGCCCACCCCUCCACCAAACGAGGGAUUUGUAGGAGCAGGAAGCACUUUUGAGUGAUGCUUGGCGAAUGAGACUGCCAAGGACAGUACGAGGUGGUGCAGUAUUAUCUAUAUCGUGUUGGCUGGCCCUCCUGUGUAUCCUGCUCAGAUUAUCAGUAAGAGAGGACCUGGCUCAUCUCACAGCUAUUUUGUCACUGCUUGCACACAGACACGCAGUCUAACUGUGCAUGCAGACUAUCAGACAUGCAGGCACGCAGUCUAACUGUGCAUUCAGACAGACAUACGCGCCUUGUUUGUUUUCGGUUGGCUUACAGCACUUUGCACAUCUGCUUUAUGCUUGAAUGUUUAGACUGCAGACGGGAGUUCUGAGAACUGUGUUCUCUUGUAGAUACACCUCUACAGAACCCUGGGUUCUCCUGUAGAAAACACCUCUGCAGAACCAGGUGUUCCCCUGUAGACAACACGGCUUCAGAAUCCUGGGGUCCCCUGUGGAAACACCUCUACAAAACCCUGGGUUCCCCUGUAGAAACACCUCAACAGGACCCCCUGAAAUCUAUGUAUUGAACCCAGCUUGUCCUACUAGGACUCGGCCAGACUGUUUAGAGAGACAAGGAGAGGUGCAAUCCAAUUAUUUCCAUUCAGAUACUUGGUUUGCUUUGUCUUCUGAGAUGCUCCGUCAAAGUCAUCUUUGUGGGUCUGAGGAAUCCCCCCCCCCCCCAACAAACUUUAUUUUCCCAUAACUUGUUUUGGACCUGUGACACUAGUUGAUUUUUAUGUUUCAAUUUCAGUCUGUUCAAUACAUUCUUCAAUUACAUUUCCUACAUGGUUUGAUGUAAGCCAACACUCAUUACCUAUAACCACACUCGGUUGAGCUUUGCUGCAGGGCUACUCAAAUAAACAUGUCAGUUUGUUCUUUGGAAACGACAGGAAAUGUCUUCUUCUGUUAUCUUUGCAAUUCACUCUUGUUACUAAUGUAAGAGAGAGAGAGGUCCUGGGAGCUGUGGAUUUAGUGUGUAGCUUAUUUAUAAAACAUGAUUUGACUUUGACGCUCACAGCUUCUGGAUAAUAUAAUUUGUUGAUAUGUCAGACCAUGGUUCAUUCUCAUCAGCUUUCAUCAACUUUUUCUGACGAGUUGUUUACGUUUCAACAGGAACUUUCUAGAAGCCUUAUGACAACUACUAAAUAUCAAUUUCUUUCCUCACCAGCUAUGGUGCGCAGACAAAUCAGUUGAUGGUCAGGGCCUUCCUCCAGUCAAGCAUGUGAUGGAAAGUUUGCUUCCCCCUGCAAACAUUUCCUCCUCCUGGGGUUGGACACAGUUGUGUGUCCAGGGAAGGAGCGAUUGACAGUUCUGCUUUUUCAUUCAGGUUCUGCAGCCUAGGUCAGCAGAGGGGGGGAUCAUGUGGAGUUGAUGUGCAUGUGUUUCUGCAUAACGCCAAUAGGGGCGCUGUUGUGUUGUAUAAGAUCAGUGUAAAAACCUGCGCGUGUGUGGGGGUGGGCGGGAUGUCGCAGCCAGGGGUGGAAUGUUACAGAGAUCACACACAGACACAACUCGUGGCUCUCCUGUGUGUCCGUGAGACUGUGGAACCCUUUUGUUGUGACAUAUGGUCUGUUUCUUUCUUGUGUCACGGUGAAACCGACAUUGUCUGAUUCAAGUCAAGUCAAUUAAACAUAUGUUAUGUCAUCCCAGGCCCUAAAUGUCACUGCAAGUGUGUUCAGUUUAAUCAGCCAGAUGCAUUGUACCAAAUACGUUUUUUUUUUGUUUUGUUUUUUACUGUUGCAGAAUUUUGAGUUUUAUGUAUUGUUUCCAUGUAAAAAAAAUAAUUAUAAUCUCAGGGCUGACUGCUAUUCAAAUGAUUUGAUAAUUUUAUUGUUAUGAAUUUGUGUUUAUUUUUUACGGAUCAUUAAAUUAACCACCCAUUGACUGGAGUAAUGAUAAAAGUAGCAGCUUUCGAGUGGUACAGCGCCAGAUGCUCCUCACAUUCCACCACCUCCGUUUGCGGGCUUGUCACUUUCGAUCACGACACAAGGCCUGCAAGUCGUCUCAUAUUCUCCUACCUUGUUUUAACGGCAACCUUAGGCUACUCGUGUCAUUUUGUACUGUGUUUUUGUUUUCCUUUUUUUUUUUUUUACCUCUAGACUGUCGAGGGGUGAUUGUUCAAAAAUAAAUAUUUUAUUGAACCCUG